AUGAAGAUGGCGCGCUCGAGCGUGCCUCCAACGAAUAACGGCCGUAAACGCAAGCGCGGCCAGGCCCCUUCGACCUCGCAUGCAGCCUCACCAGCGCCCUCAGAUCCUGGAAGCACAAAUGGGAAUGGAACGGGAACAGAUACACUGCUAAGCGCCAAAGGCGACUUCUUCUUGAGACCCAGGCUCAGCAUCUCCCGUGGACCAACAUUCGUACCUGUGGAGGAAGGCUCAGAAUGGUAUCGCACCGAAAAUAUUGGCGUGAACCGCACCUUCCGCUAUGUUCCCGCCGGUAUUAACCCUCAAGGCUCAAUAACGCUAUGCCGAACCAUCGAAUCCAAUCCAACAUCCUUCCGAGUGAGCUGGGAAGACCGAAGUCCGUUCUUACGAGUAACAAAAGACGGUCUGAGUCUGGCAGGGUUUCGUGGGUUUCGAAGCGCGCGGUGUAAUGCCCCGGUGAGAGAGGGGAAGUGGUACAUGGAAGUCAAGAUUAUCAAUGGUGGAGGGGAUAGGUUACCGGGCAAUCCAGACUCUUCAAAAGCAAAGGAAGGAAAUCACGUCCGAAUUGGUUGGGGACGACGCGAGUCUACGUUGAACGGCCCUGUUGGUUUGGAUGGCUACAGCUACGGAUACCGCGACAAAACCGGGGAGAAGGUCACUCUAUCACGUCCCCGACCCUAUGGAAAACCUUUCAAAUCUGGGGACGUCGUCGGAAUGUACAUCUCCCUCCCUCCACUUCGCAAACCUUCCAAAAAGGACCCCGACGACCCUGCACAUUUUCGGCGCGAACGUAUCCCAAUUGACCUCAAGGGUCAGGAAGUCUUCGAAAUAUUGGAAUACCCCGUAUCGAAAGAAAUGACUGCCCUCAUGGACUACUCCGGGAAACCUAAAGACUGCGCCUCAGUCCCUUCCGCAAGUUCGAAGAAGGCCGCCUCUGCCGGGGCAAAACCUCCAGACCGAACCGCCACUGCUCCAGCCAAUGCCAAACCCAACGCACCGCCUUUACGACCCCUGCCCAUCCUCGCCGGCUCCAAAAUCGCGUUCUUUGUUAACGGAGAAUGCCAGGGAACUGCAUUUGAAGACGUGUACGAUUUUCUCCCAUUGCGACAAACAGAGGAGCAGAAACGCAAGGCGAAAGAACGCAGUAGGCGCGUCCGAGAGGGCGUGAAGGCACACAUAGAGAACGCAUUCGACGACGGCACGCUUGGAUACUAUCCCAUGAUCUCUCUGUUCAACGAUGCGAUUAUACGAAUCAACCCUGGGCCGGACUUUGAUUUCCCGCCACCAUUGGAUAUCGACGCGGUACUCGAGGGUAGGCCGCAACCUACUUCUGAGGCUUCCCAGUCGGAAGCCACUGAAGAGACAUCGCCGGAGAUGGAAGUUGAUACACCCGUGAAAUCCGAACCCGCACCCGAGAAUGUCUCCCUCGAUGCGAAGAUGGAGGUCGACAGCGAAACUAAACCCAAGCGUACUUGGAGGCCUAUCAUCGAACGAUACCCCGAGUUUAUGCAGGAACAGUGGGACUUGGAUACUCUGGAAGAACAAGAAGCUCAGCAGAAGGAAGCUCAGAAGCAGAUGGCUGCCAAAAGCGCAGGCGCUCCUACCACGGGCAAGAAGGGGGCAAAUGGGAAGGGCGGGGAAAAGAAGGGGAGCGCUGCCAGGUCGAGUGCCGGCGGGAAGAAAAAGAAGGCUACUGAUGCCAGUGCAGCAGAAACGCCUGAACCAGGUGUCUCUGCGGAUGCAGCUCCAGCGAAGAAAAAGGCGAAGAAAAAUGCCGGACAGGCUGCUCUUGGAAUUGCCUCAGGUCCUUCAGUCCAGCCGACGCCUUCAGAUGCGACGCGUUCGGCAACCGAGACACCGAUGGGCACACCUCCCCCGCCCUCCGUUCAUCACCACCUUCAACAUCAUCCUCCCAAUACCUACCAAUACCAUCAUGCGCUCGCGCAAUCCGAAAGCGCCUCCAACAGACCCAGUCCCAGCCCCCUCAGGCAGAGUUCCACAGCGUAUAGGGAUUCUCAUACUGAGAAAGAAGGCAACGAGCUUCCUUUACAUUUGUCGGGUGUGCGCCAGAAGAAACCUCCCGGCUCUCAGAAAGGGAGGGAUCAUGCUCAGCAAGCCGCAGCUGCCGCUGCCGCUGCCAGCGCCUUUACGAUCCCACAUUCCUCCAAUCGAGGUCCAAAGGCUGUACCCUAUCCUGUGCAUUCUGAGCAAUCGAGCACGAGUCGACCACCUUCUUCACACCAACACCGGUCAGCAUUGGGCAAAGCUGGCACUCACUCAUCGACGAGCGCUAUGCACCGCCGUCCGAUCUCACCUGCAGCGCUUUUGGGUCCAGGUCUAGACGAUGAAGAUGAUGAUGGAGGGCAUCCCUACCCGGAAACUACGCCAGCAGGAUACGAAAGCUCCAAUGCCCCCGGGACGCCUGCGAAUGAUACGGACUUUGAUAUGGGCGGGGAUGAGAACGAGGAUGCCCAGAGCGACGACCUUGAAGCUGAGUUUCUUGAUGCUGUCCGAUCGGCCUCGACGCCUGGAGAUCCGGACGAAGAGGACGAUGACGAGGACUUCAAUGUUGGGCGGUCUCGGCAUCAUGACUCGAGAAACGUCGAUGAGGCUACUACGGACGGAGACGACGAGCAAGGCGAAUAUGGGCAAGUGGGGAAUGGGGAAGAGACUGACGAGGGCGAUAGAGAGACAGGGAUAGGGAUAGAAAUUGAAGCCCAGACUGCCAGUAGAACCGGUACCAGUCGCUCUCCCUCUCCUGGUUAG